AGGUGGCCAGUCAAACAGCGUGCAGAGAUUUCAACUCCCAGCAUCCCCUGCUCCGCGCUCAGCGAAACAACAACAACAAUCGUGACUGCAGAUCAGCCGUGAGAGAGUUGUCCUGUCCUGGGCGCAGCAUGACUUUGCUCGUUGUAUUUUGCCACAGAGCCCGUCGAGCGGUAUUGCUCAAGGAGGGGGCCUGUGUGAUCAGCCGCAGUUUUCUCUGUGCAGUGCCCAGGAGGCCUCUGUCUCAAAAUCGAAGCCUGGGCUCCAAACAGAAGGGCAGUGCCUUGAAACGCUGGACCAUGCUGGUGGAUCCGUUCAGUUCCUUAAAGGUCCGCCUGCCCUGCGAUGUGUCCGUGAAGGCGUUGGAUCCGCAUGGUUACCCAGCAGCUGACCGCGCUUUUGUUGAGCUCCUUUCCCCCAACCAAGCUGAAAACCUGGACGAUGUUCUGGUGCAGUAUGAUAAGGCUCGUAAGCAGAUGCUAGUGGUUUCAGAAAACAUUAGCAGUGAUGCUCGUAUUGAUCUGAUAACUCCGGUAAAGUUCGAUCUGGAUAUUAGUACAUUUCAGAAAGGAUGCGUUAAAAUUAAAAAAAUGGAGUGUGAUAACUGCUAUGUGGAAACUGAGAAAGGGCACAGUAUCUUGAAUUCAUUAAAGGCCCAUAAAGUCAAAGUGCAAAGCAGAGGUGGAAACGUAAUCUGUCUAGGAACAAUCCAUGGAAAUGUAGAUAUACAGACCAACAGUAAAGGUUUUGUGGAAAUUGACAAACUUCAAGGAACAAACAUGAAUAUUUCCACUACUGAUGGUGCAUUAAAAACAAGGUACAUUUACGCCAAGUCUUCAUAUCUGUCUUCUUCCAUUGGGAAUAUCGAACUUGGAAACGUUCAUGGUAGUGUUACUAUUCAGACAGAAGCAGGUGCUGUUACAGUAGAUUCCUCUGAUGGCAAUCUAAAGGCUACCACACAACAAGGUGACUUGGAUGUUUACAUUAGCCAGCUGGGAAUUGUGAAUCUCCUAACACAAGAAGGAUCUAUCACACUGAAAGUGCCCAAAGCCCUAAGAGCUAAACUCCAAUUAUCAGGGGCUAUGGUUAAAAUCAGUCCUGAGCUCAACUUGCAGGACAUAGAGAGCAGCACAGAACAAGAUCACCAAACUAUUCAAGGUUUUCUGAAUGGUAGAGGAGAAGGUGCACAUGUAAUCGAGGCUCACACGGUACGUGGAAUGCUGAACAUAAAAAGCCAAAGUUGGAUUGAGUCUAUUAAACUGAAUCCUUCGUAAUUUGUUGUUACUUGAACUUUAAGAAUUCUUUUUUUAUUGCAAUUUUUGUAUCAAUGCCAGCUUUCUGUGUAUUCAGGUUCAUUUACUUUUAUUUUUAUUUGCAGUUUAAAAUAAUUAAAUCUGUUCUGUAAUUUCAGUGCUGUUUAAAACCUGCCUGUAACUGGUUUUUUAAUUAACAUGUGCUUGUUUACAUAUUUCAACUUGUACCAUUUUAAUUUUUUGUAGUCAGCAUGAAUGAAAAGUUUAACCAGGCAAUAGCUAGGAAAUGGAGUGGUCACCACCACUUCAGUGAAGUUACAAUCCUGGACACGUAUUGUCCUUUUCAGUAGUAAGUAAUGUGUGUACAUAGACAAGGAAUAUUGAGGAGCAAUAUUUUCUGUAUUGCAGAGAAAGUUAUGUAAUUUUUAUCCUGAGAAACUUAUUUAAUCACCUGUGAAAGCUAUGUUCAUAGUUAAUAAUCACUCCAGUGUAUUUGAGCUAUACUGAUAUUUGUAAAAAUUGAAUACCCAAAUGGUAUUUGCCUGUAAACAAAAAAAAAGACAUUAUUGAUCUUCAUUAAAAAACCUGAGCUAAAACUAAGUAUGUUCACAAAUUACAGGUUAUGAAGAACCUUCAAUGCAUAACAUCUAUUUGCAACACAAAACAACAGAUACAUAGUUCAGACAGGUUGAUGGGGGUAGUGAUUAAGUAAUCGAGGAAUUUAGGAAGAAAACCAACCAGUGUUAAUAAUGAUGAUAUGAUUGUUGUAGAGUCCCGUCUCAUUUACUAAUGACCUGGGUAUGGUGGGGGAGAAGCCAUUUAAGAAUCAAUUACUAAUGAAACAUUAAAACAGAGAAAUAAUAAAACUGAACAGUUUUGACUGAAAGUCACCUGGCUUUGACUCGAGCACAGAAUUUGGGCACAGUUACU